CAAUACCACCACCGCUCAACGACCGACGAUUGCGACCGAACCGCCAGAACCGCAAUCAUGGCCACUGAGUUGACUGUCCAGAGUGAGCGCGCUUUCCAAAAGCAGCCACACAUCUUCCUCAACUCCAAGAGCAAGGCCAAGUCCACCAGAGUCGGAAAGGGUGGCCGGAGAUGGUACAAGGACGUCGGAUUGGGCUUCAGGACCCCAAGAACUGCCAUUGAGGGCAAGUACAUCGACAAGAAGUGCCCGUUCACUGGUCUCGUCUCCAUCCGUGGCCGUAUCCUCACUGGCACCGUCGUUUCCACCAAGAUGCACCGUACUCUCAUCAUCCGCCGCGAGUACCUCCACUUCAUCCCAAAGUACUCCCGUUAUGAGAAGCGCCACAAGAACCUCGCCGCACACGUCUCUCCAGCUUUCCGUGUUGAGGACGGUGACCAGGUCACUGUUGGUCAGUGCCGGCCGCUCAGCAAGACUGUCCGCUUCAACGUGCUUCGCGUCCUGCCACGAACUGGCAAGGCCGUCAAGAAGUUCCAGAAGUUUUAAGCGAUGAGACAUGUGCUUUGUGGGAACUAUGAGGAAGCAACGGCAAAGGUUAUGAAUGUGGGCCUAAACGGAUGCAUCCUGAAAAUGGCGUUGGGUCAGAACAGGCUGUUUGGGCCGGUCACGAGUCUCGAAGCAUGGCUUUGCUGGAAAUACGCACAGGUCCAUAGCUCGGCGUAGCAAAUGUCAUUGAAUGCGAACAGUUUCAUGCAAGAAGAUC